GUGGGAAGCGAGGCGUGAAGUACUUAAUGAGGAGAAGUUAGGUAUUACGGCGUACGAGGAGGGAGUGUUUCUGCUGUUUUAAAUCGUAUUGCACGAACAAUUAAUUAAAAUAUUAAAGUUAGUGCAAGAGGAAGCGCGAUUGAGAAGCGUUGGAAGCUAGUGGUUUCUAUGGAAACGAUACACUGAAGUUGGAGACGCAGAGUUGUUUCUGAUCCACUCACUAUUUCGCUAUGUGUUGUAAGGUACUUUUAUUUUAAAUUUUUUUUUUCCCCGUUGUUGAAGAUACAAUAGCUACACGAAUUGUUACAAACCCGGGCGCGCAGAGUUUUUUUUUUUUUUUUUUUUUUUAGCGCGUUGAUUUUUUUCGUAAAAUAUCCCCUGCUUGCCUUGACGAGCAGUGAGUGCGAACAGUCAGUGAGGAGAUGAUGAUGAUGUGUUCGCCUGAGGCCUUGCGUGGUUUACGAGGAAAGAACAGAGAGCUGUUGACGCAGCUGAAGGAUCACGGGAAAAUACUGCGGAGUUUGAGCGGGACAUGGUCCCAUAAUGCAUCCACGAAUAGGGUAAUAAAUGAGUCAGUACGAACCCUAAGCAAAUCACAGGUGGUGGACACUGAAACCAAUGAAUUAGACCCUAUUACAGCUGCAGUCCCAAACAACAGUGAGAGACACGCAAGAGAGGACUGGAAGAUGUCACAGGGCGUUUCUCCCGCUGAGCAGGUCCUGACACUUGUCCAAGGGCAUCAGGGACAGGGGCUGGCUCGAGCCGCACUGAGUAGGUCUCAAACCCAUGACCCGCACGAGACGUCCGCAUUUCGACCGCUGACGCUCAGUAUCAGGGGAGAUCAGGGUAAACGAUGGCUUAUGGAUAAGUCGCAGGACGCCGUGGAAUGCUGCCUCCCUAAGCCCUCCGUUCCAGACCGUGACAUUGGGCAGCACAGCUUUCCAGGACAUGGUGAUCUCUUGAUGGACGAAGGCAGCAGUCGCUCAUCACAGGCCAGAAAAUCAGAAGUGAGGUCUAAUCCUAGCCCACAGACACAUCAGAGUGAGAAGGGUGAUGGACAUAUGGGGACUUUAGAAUGUCGUGCCCUAGAGCCAUUACUGGGCUAUGACUGGAUAGCAGGCCUGUUGGAUGUAGAAAACUCAGCAACGGAGUACUCUGAGCAGUUCUUCCUGGAUUUACAGAACUUUCGACGUAUUAACAGACAAGAAUGUGUCAACAGCAGGCACACAGGAGCAAAAGAAAAUGAAGAUUCAUCUUUAUCACGAUCAAGAGAAAGGAACCCACAACACGCAAUGGAGACACACAAGUGUAUUUUCUGUUACAGAAUCAAUAGCCGUCUCUUUCCCACACCCCUGGAUUUCAAAGCAGCCUGUCCAGUGUGCAGGAUGCCCAAAACUCAGCACCCUCACACUACAGCAGAACCAGCCUUCACCCGGAUCAGCAUUCCACGCUCCGCUGUAGUACCAGCAUACCAGUACAGAGCCCAUCGCCGGAGCAGCUUUGACCCCUCCACCAGCCUGGGGCUGCCAUCUCACUGUUUAGCAGGUCGGUGUAACACAGCUCCUGCCAACAAAGAUCAACUCAGCAGCUUGGAUUUGCACAGCUCUCUUGACAAAGUGCCAUCUGACCGCUGUGGAGCUUAAGGAACGCAUGGACGUCUCUGCAGACUUACAGGAGACUCGCAGACUUACAGGAAGCCAACCGUCAGAUGAGCUGUUUCAUGUUUCACGUCUGGCCAGGUGUCAUUUCCAGCACCUUGUUCCAAAGAGAAAUAAAUCCCAUGACACCAGCUGCCCUACUGCCCAAGACUGGUUGAGCUUGUGCAGAAACGGUAGCAAGGAGAAUAACAGUGAAAGUUUGAAUGAAUUCAUUGACCUUUCACCUGACCUAGUGCUAUUUUUAAUAAUGGAACAGCUUUGUUUUGGGUACUAGUAAGGCUGCUCUAAUUUGCUGUAUCAUUCUGACAGGUUCAAAACAUUCUUAAGCCCAUUCUUAGUAAAUGUUGAUUUUGAUUCAGCUACUUCAUCCUGUGUCGCUGGUAGAUAUGCCAAGACUGAGACAGACGUAAGCACGUAUCGCACGCAUCAUGUUUCGGAGAACUGUCAUUGCUGUACCUGUAAGCUCCACUAAAACAGUAACUACAGGUGCUCGUCUAGAGCUAUUCGUUCUUAAAGGUUGAGGUCAUAGUUUGUAACAGCUUAUAUAAUUUAGACCUACCAUGUACAUCUCUCAAACUGUUAUGAAUAGUUAAUACACGUGGGUUGAAUGCUGAUACAUGAAUGUUACUGCAGCACAUUAGCUGUAAACACUGAAGGUAUUGCUGUACCUUGGCUCUUUAACCUGUUUUUUUAAUGUAUUGCUGUUUUUGUAGGAAUUUGUAUAGCAAAUUAACAUGGAUACUUGUUCAUUUAGUAUCCAGUAGACUUUAGAAGAUGUGUUUCAGGAUGAAAUGGGUGCUGUAAUACAAUUUACACCACGAAGAGAUCAUGCUAUCGUUUUUAAAGCAGAAUUUCUCUUCUUCGAGGGCUAAGUAAGCCCUUUCCGAACAGUGCGGAAGCUGGUCGAAGACUUGGAACAUGUCAUCAAACUAGCUUCUCUUCUGUUAAGCAUUUUCUGUCUAGUUCUCAUCGCACCUCUAAACCCACAAGCAGAUAAUGCUUGCAUAUCUUCACAUACCAUACAAAGUUUCAUUCUCGCUUGUUUCUGUUGAUGACACACAGGGCUUUUCGACCCACACCAUCAUCUGCCUUUGGCUUCAUUCGCAAUUACUGGUUGUGUCCUGCUUUUCCGAAUGGCAUCUAGUCUUGGGUUUUUGAGUGAUCACUGUACUGUGUUCAUUAAAAUACUGGGUUCUCCUUUUGACCUAUGAGAACUUUUUCUUUUAAACAUAUUUAAUCUACUCAGCCCUAUCCACCAUUUACCCUUUAUAGCUGUCAGCACUGCAUAUUGAUGUUAUGUACAAUUUCCUCUGGAUUAAUACUACUCAUGUUAAUCAUUAAUGACUUGAAGUAGAGCAUGAAGGUGGUUUUAAAUGUUCCCUCUUAUUUAUUAACGUUGUUGACCUUUUUCUGCCUUAAUCUCUCAAGUGAAAUAGAAAUUGCACAGAAAGCACUGUGCCAGGGAAUGAUUGCACAAGCCCACUCACCCUGUAGAAUGCCUUACUGCCCAUAUCACUUGCCUAAAAAAGUCCCAACGCUUUAUAAGAAAGGUGCUCUCAGUGACUAUGAGUGCGAGGAUAGAGGAGAACAAGUCCAUAUUAACUUUUGCUCUUGGCCGAAGAGCAGUGUGAACAGUAAAAAGUCCCAGAAGGAUGUAGGUGUGUGAAAAAAAUCAUUGGGGAAUUCACUUUUAUCAUACUUGCACAUCAUAGAUUAAACCAGCACUUUUUUCCCCUCCCUUUGCAUCAGUACUGAUAUGUAUCAAGUCCUGGUUACUUUCAGGGUUAUUUCAAUAAGUUCUGCAAGCGUUUCUUUACACCCUAGAUUUUUCAGGUGCUAAUCCAUUAGAUCUUCUUUCCCUGUGUUCUAUUUCAAUGCACACCAUGUAUAACUUUUUAAAACUGGAUUGUACCAUAGAAGUAGCUUGUAGGUGGGGAAUACAUUCCUGCUAUUUUUUUAAUCAAGACAUGAUUAUCCUGUUA